AUCAUUUUGACCGAAGGAUCCACUAAAGAUUUUUCUGCUUCCAUUGUCCUAGCAUCCAGCCAUGUUCACUGAUCCGACCGUGAGCCUUGGUGUAUCGGAGGAAGAGGUUCUUGUGGCACAAAAGGCUUGGUCAGAUGCAAUCAAACACAUUUCCAAGACCUAUCUUGACGACGGCGACUACGUUGCAGCUGCUGCCAAAGCUGCUGGUGAGCUCUACGGCUAUGGGCACACAGAUGUGCUGUUCAAGCCAACCAAGGCAGCUGAAGCACAGUUUCGACCCACAGCCUCAGAUGCCAUGUCCUAUUUUGUUGGGCACAAAGCAGUCGAGGAGGGUCAUGUUGAGGAUGCUGGUUUUGCCAUCAACGGUGGAAAGGGAUGGUCGAACGUGGUUUUUGAUAACCAUAAAAUCGAUGUCAGCGGCAAUGUUGCCAUUGCCAUGGGCAACUAUUUCUUCACCAGCGCUGCAGAUGGAAGCAAGACCAAAGUUGAGUACACUUUCGGCUACAAGAAGAAUGCGGACGGCAAGGUGCGCAUCUUCCUCCACCACUCCUCAGUGCCAUACAGCGUGCCCGCAGCCACUCCAAUUGCAGAGAUUACUGAAGAGGAAGUAGAGAGUGUGCAGGCAGCAUGGGCCAAUGCCAUCAAGAGUAUCUCCAAGACCUAUCUUGACGGAGGUGACUACGUUGCAGCUGCUGCCAAAGCAGCCGGUGAGCUCUACGGCUAUGGGCACACAAAUGUGCUGUUCAAGCCAACCAAAGCGGCUGAAGCGCAGUUUCGACCCACAGCCUCCGAUGCCAUGUCCUAUUUUGUUGGGCACAAGGCUGUGGAGAAUGGUUAUCUUGAGGAUGCUGGUUUUGCCAUCAACGGUGGAAAGGGAUGGUCAAACGUGGUUUUUGAUAACCACCAAAUCGAUGUCAGUGGCAAUGUUGCCAUUGCCAUGGGCAACUACUUCUUCACCAGCGCUGCAGAUGGAAGCAAGACCAAAGUUGAGUACACUUUCGGCUACAAGAAGAAUGCCGACGGCAAGGUGCGCAUCUUCCUCCACCACUCCUCAGUGCCAUACAGCGUGCCCGCAGCCACUCCAACUGCAGAGAUUACUGAAGAGGAAGUAAAGAGUGUGCAGGCAGCAUGGGCCAAUGCCAUCAAGAGUAUCUCCAAGACCUAUCUUGAUGAAGGUGACUACAUUGCAGCUGCUGGCAAAGCAGCUGGUGAGCUCUACGGCUAUGGCCACACAGAUGUGCUGUUCAAGCCAACCAAGGCAGCUGAAGCACAGUUUCGACCCACAGCCUCAGAUGCCAUGUCCUAUUUUGUUGGACACAAAGCUGUGGAGAAUGGUCAUCCUGAGGAUGCUGGUUUUGCCAUCAACGGUGGAAAGGGAUGGUCAAACGUGGUUUUUGAUAACCACAAAAUCGAUGUCAGCGGCAAUGUUGCCAUUGCCAUGGGCAACUACUUCUUCACCAGUGCUGCAGAUGGAAGCAAGACCAAAGUUGAGUACACUUUCGGCUACAAGAAGAAUGCGGACGGCAAGUUGCGCAUCUUCCUCCACCACUCCUCAGUGCCAUACAGCGUGCCUACAGCCACUCCAACUGCAGAGAUUAAUGAAGAGGAAGUAAAGAGUGUGCAGGCAGCAUGGGCCAAUGCCAUCAAGAGUAUUUCCAAGACCUAUCUUGACGGAGGUGACUACGUUGCAGCUGCUGGCAAAGCAGCCGGUGAGCUCUACGGCUAUGGGCACACAAAUGUGCUGUUCAAGCCAACCAAAGCGGCUGAAGCGCAGUUUCGACCCACAGCCUCCGAUGCCAUGUCCUAUUUUGUUGGGCACAAGGCUGUGGAGAAUGGUUAUCUUGAGGAUGCUGGUUUUGCCAUCAACGGUGGAAAGGGAUGGUCGAACGUGGUUUUUGAUAACCACCAAAUCGAUGUCAGUGGCAAUGUUGCCAUUGCCAUGGGCAACUACUUCUUCACCAGCGCUGCAGAUGGAAGCAAGACCAAAGUUGAGUACACUUUCGGCUACAAGAAGAAUGCCGACGGCAAGGUGCGCAUCUUCCUCCACCACUCCUCAGUGCCAUACAGCGUGCCCGCAGCCACUCCAACUGCAGAGAUUACUGAAGAGGAAGUAAAGAGUGUGCAGGCAGCAUGGGCCAAUGCCAUCAAGAGUAUCUCCAAGACCUAUCUUGACGGAGGUGACUACAUUGCAGCUGCUGGCAAAGCAGCCGGUGAGCUCUACGGCUAUGGCCACACAGAUGUGCUGUUCAAGCCAACCAAGGCAGCUGAAGCGCAGUUUCGACCCACAGCCUCAGAUGCCAUGUCCUAUUUUGUUGGACACAAAGCUGUGGAGAAUGGUCAUCCUGAGGAUGCUGGUUUUGCCAUCAAUGGUGGAAAGGGAUGGUCGAACGUGGUUUUUGAUAACCACAAAAUCGAUGUCAGCGGCAAUGUUGCCAUUGCCAUGGGCAACUACUUCUUCACCAGCGCUGCAGAUGGAAGCAAGACCAAAGUUGAGUACACUUUUGGCUACAAGAAGAAUGCGGACGGCAAGGUGCGCAUCUUCCUCCACCACUCCUCAGUGCCAUACAGCGUGCCUACAGCCACUCCAACUGCAGAGAUUACUGAAGAGGAAGUAAAGAGUGUGCAGGCAGCAUGGGCCAAUGCCAUCAAGAGUAUCUCCAAGACCUAUCUUGAUGGAGGCGACUACGUUGCAGCUGCUGGCAAAGCAGCUGGUGAGCUCUACGGCUAUGGGCACACAAAUGUGCUGUUCAAGCCAACCAAAGCGGCUGAAGCGCAGUUUCGACCCACAGCCUCCGAUGCCAUGUCCUACUUUGUUGGGCACAAAGCGGUCGAGAAGGGUCAUCUUGAGGAUGCUGGUUUUGCCAUCAAUGGUGGAAAGGGAUGGUCGAACGUGGUUUUUGAUAACCACCAAAUCGAUGUCAGUGGCAAUGUUGCCAUUGCCAUGGGCAACUACUUCUUCACCAGCGCUGCAGAUGGAAGCAAGACCAAAGUUGAGUACACUUUGGGCUACAAGAAGAAUGCGGACGGCAAGGUGCGCAUCUUCCUCCACCACUCCUCAGUACCAUUUGUGGCGGAGUCCAAAGUGCAGUCCCCAAGUUCGGAGGCACCUUUGAAGUCAAAAGUUGCUGGAGCAUAGAUUUAAGCUCUGAGAUGAAUGCUUUGGCGGUAUCUUUAGUAUUUUUUAGUACCAUUCUUCGAGGCAGACAGGGACUUGAAACAGUUGCCUAGUCUGGUGCUUUGCGAAAGCUUUUUUCGACUUUUCGCCACGUUUGGGGUAUUUAGGUUUGUCCUUUGUCCAGCUUUUGCCUCAAACAAUUUUGUCCAGUAAUGGAUUGAUUUGUACAGAUUUGACUCAAUUUGUGCAUUUGCCGGACCUAGGAGCCGGCAAGAGGGGUGAAUCAUUCCCAUCAGAGGAGGUGUCUUUGAAAGUUUUGGGAAGAGCCAAUGGGUCAAAGGCCUAAGCUCUUCAACCAAGCAGCCAGCACAUUGCAUAUGCUUUGCUUGGAGACCCUGCGGAUUCUCGCAAUUGCGCAUCUCA